AUGGCAUGGGACUGUGUGGAGCGGCGUGCGGCGUCGCUGUUCCGACAGCUCGGAUUUUUCGUUUGUGAUCAUCCACUUCCGUUUAUCGUAUUUCCUCUUUUGUUCACAACUGCAAUGGGAGUCGGUCUUCUUCAUCUGAAUCCAUUAUCUGAUGCGGUUUAUCUAUUCACACCUAUCGGAGCACAAAGUAAAAUGGAGCGAAUGUCGAUUCAUGAGAAAUGGCCACUUACUGAUAACAAUUACAUUCCGGGACGAGCUGUAACACAGAGUCGAGAAAUUCAAGUGACAGCUCUUGCGAGAAACGAUUCAAACAUAUUGGAUACAAAGUUUGCGAAUGCGGUUUAUCAACUGGACAAGUACAUUCAAACUAGAGUUCGUGUGCUUCACAAUGGUCACUAUUAUAGUUAUAAAAACCUGUGUUUGCAAUACAAAAAUGGCGGAUGCCCUUCUAACAAACAUGUCCAUAUUCUUUCUGAUUUGUACAAUCAUGGAUUCAAUAUCACUUACCCGUAUUUCCGCUUUGGAUCCGAGGGCGGCUAUAUUGGAAGCAGUUUAGGAGGAGUGACAGUGAUGAAAGGAGAGAAUGAAACGGAUAUUCUUGCCUCUGCUAAAGCGUGGUUCAUGAUUUAUCAUUUGAAAUUUCAUCCAGAAGAAAUGAGUUAUAUAUCUGGAGAAUGGGAGCUUGAAUUGGGAAGAAUGCUGAAAGACUAUCCAGAGGAUCCGUAUAUUUCCAUCACCUACUUCCAUUCACAAACACUAGCAGAUGAGCUGAAACGAAACGCUGAUACUUUGGUUCCCCGUUUCGUUAUAUCUUUCACUUUGCUUGUCGUUUUUUCAACCCUCUGUUCGUUAUGCUUCAUCGAUGGAUCGUUUUCGAUUGACUGGGUCCUUUCCAAACCAAUUUUAUCUAUUCUUGGAGUUGUGAAUGCCGGAAUUGCUAUCCUAACUGGAAUCGGAUGUCUUUCACUCAUUGGAAUGCCCUACAACGAUAUUGUCGGAGUCAUGCCAUUCCUCGUCGUUGCCGUAGGAACGGACAACAUGUUUCUGAUGGUUGCUGCUGUUCGACGAACAUCAAGAACCCAUACAGUGCAUGAGCGGAUGGGAGAAUGUAUGGCAGACGCUGCCGUUUCUAUUCUGAUCACUUCCAGCACAGAUGUUUUGUCGUUUGGUGUUGGUACAAUUACUACAAUUCCAGCCGUUCAAAUUUUCUGUGUCUACACCGGAGUCGCUAUUUUCUUUGCCUUCCUUUAUCAGAUCACUUUCUUCGCUGCUUGCUUGGCACUUGCUAUGAAGCAUGAAGCAGCUGGACGUAACUCCAUGUUCUUUGUAGAAUCUGUUCCGGCCGAGAAGAGAAAAUCACUGAGCACGUUCCAACGAAUUUUCAACAUGGGAAGCGUCCCUGAUCAUUCAUCGUCCAACGAUGUGAAACAACCAUUAACCUCGCGAUUCUUCGGAGAAUGGUACGCUCCUGUCCUCAUGAAUCCAUUUGUUCGUGGAAUCGCAAUGGUGUGGUUUGUGAUCUACCUACUAGGUGCGAGUUACGGAUGUUCUCGAAUCAAAGAAGGGUUGGAACCUGUUAACUUGCUCGUCGAAGACUCUUAUGCUAUUCCACAUUAUCGGCUUUUGGAGAAAUACUUCUGGAAAUAUGGACAACAAGUGCAAAUCGUGAUCAAUAACGCUCCAGAUCUUAGAAAUCACACAUCAAGGGAUCGAGUUCAUGCGAUGGUUCUUGAUUUUGCCACUAGCAAACAUGCCAUUGGAAUGGAAUCGGUUCAAUUUUGGCUUUUCGAAAUGGAACGAUACUACCAAAAGGAAUUGCAAGUUCAAAUAAUCGACUCUUCCUUUUAUGGACUUCUUCAACAUUUCCUUGCUUCAAAGACUAACAAUCCACUGGCAGAAGAUAUUUACUGGGGACCGAUGCCAGACGAUGAUAAUGGUACAAUGGUGCAGAGCUUCCGAUUCAUAGUUGGUAUGAAGGAUUUAGUAACGACGAUGGAUCAGACGGACGCUACAAUGUCUUUUAGGGAUGUCGCCGCUCGGUGGCCCGAAUUCAAUGUAACGACAUUCAUGCCGAUUUGGAUGUUCACCGACCAAUACAUUAUCAUCAUCCCUAACACUGUUCAGAACAUUAUCAUUGCUCUUCUCGUUAUGAUCGUCAUCGCUGUGCUCUUCAUUCCCCAGCCAAUGUGCUCUCUGUGGGUUGCACUAGCAUGCGCAUCUAUUGACUUCGGAGUUAUUGGAUAUAUGACUCUGUGGGGUGUCAACCUGGAUGCGAUUUCAAUGAUUACAAUUAUCAUGUCGAUCGGAUUCUCGGUCGACUAUUCUGCACAUAUUGCGUACGGCUACGUAGUUUCCACCAGAGACACCGCCACAGGCAGGGUGCAGGAGGCAUUAUCCGCACUUGGAUGGCCACUUUUCCAGGGAGCAAUGUCAACAAUUAUUGCAGUUUCUGUUCUUGCUGACAUUCCCGCAUACAUGAUUGUAACAUUUUUCAAAACGGUAAUUUAUCUUUUGAAAGUCUCCCGUCAUAUUGGUUUUUUUCAGGUGGUCCUAUCAAUUUCACUUGGCCUUCUUCACGGAUUAGUCUUCCUACCAGUCUUGCUAUCAAUUUUCGUUCGUGGUUGUUGCAUCAUUCCAAGCUCACCCCAUAACCAUCAUAGUGCUCAGAAAGUUGAAAAGCAAAUGAAAAUUGCUGCAAUCACAUCAAGCCCACUUCACCUACAAACGGUUGCACCUAUCAGGGCAUCUUCACCUAUUAGCUUUCCUCAUAGAUUCGAAUACACAGAUGACUCGCCAACAGUUCAUAACAGGUCAAAAUCGUCGAUGAAAUCGGAACAUCUAGACUAG